UAACAAAACAAAGAAAUAAGAAGAGUAGUAAUGGGUGUGAUGAGAUCCUUAAGAACGAUGGGAUUAUGGCACUGCAUGGUCUAUGUUGUGGUCCUAAGUUCUAUUGCGGCUACAGUGACAUCAUACCCUUACUCAUCCCCUCAAACCCCAUCUUACAAUUCUCCCGGCCACAAACACAAAGGCCCUAAGUACGCGCCACAUCCAAAACCAUAUGUUUAUAGCUCUCCACCCCCACCAUACUACUUCCCUUCUCCAAAGGUUGACUACAAGUCCCCACCACCACCAUAUGUCUACAGCUCCCCACCCCCACCGUACUACUCUCCUUCUCCAAAGGUUGACUACAAGUCCCCACCACCACCAUACGUCUACAGCUCCCCACCCCCACCGUACUACUCUCCUUCUCCAAAGGUUGACUACAAGUCCCCACCACCACCAUACGUCUACAAGACGCCUUACUAUUGAUUAUGAACUGUUUCAUAAAAAAGGAAUACGAUUGCAAUAAUUUAUUUUUUUGAUUA